CUCGUGCGGAUCUGUCAAAGCAGGGAAACGACGGAUCGAGAUCAGCGACGAUCUAGACGACAUGGAAGACAAUGAAGAAGACGAAUCAUGGAAAUCAUCAUCGAGAUCGACUCAAGCGUUCACAGUGAUCAUCCUUCUGCUCGUGGUGAUUAUGAUUCUUCUCGGUCUCGGGAUCUUGUCACUUCCCAAUGCAAACAGAAACUCUUCCAAGCCCAACGACUUGACCAACAUUGUACGCAAGAGCCAGGAGCAGAGGAGUGGUGGAGAUGAGGAAGGGAACGGGGAGCGUUGGGUUGAAGUGAUUUCGUGGGAGCCUAGAGCUGUUGUUUACCACAACUUCUUGAAUCUUUUUGACUUUGUGAUUCCAUAGAGUUUAGAUCUACUUGAAUCUUUUUUUUUGAAAUGUGUUGAAAAUGGAGGAAACACAUUUUUGUCAGUUAGAAAUUGGAGUUUUUUCAUUUUCAAUGAAAAUGACUCAGAGAGAGGGAGGGAACACACAUGUGGCUUGUGUCUGAAAUGAGUUACUAAAUUGGAAUGUCCGAGAUGUGAUCUUGUGUUUCUUUCAUUUCUGUUUUUUUUAGACCAAUGAAGAAUGUGAGCACCUGAUCAACCUCUCUAAACCAAACAUGGUUAAGUCAGCUGUGGUUGAUGAAAAAACCGGUGGUAGCAAAGACAGCAGGUUUGCAUCCCACUCUUAUCGUUCAAACUUGGGAAAGGUUUGUUGUUUCUUAAUUUGUGUAUACGGUCCCUUCUUGAAUGUACCGUGGUGAUCACACUGAUCAGAGGAGAGGAAACAAAGAGUUUGUGUGUGUAUGUGUCUUCUAUGUAGUGUUGAGAAGUGCAAUUGAUUUUGAAUUAUUGCUAGGGACCCCAAAUUUGGAAACACCAUUGGACAUACUAUUUUGAUUAGAAUCCUUAACUAUUCUAAAAAAAAAAAAAUUUGUUUAAUAAUCAUAAGGAUUCCAAUGGUGUUACCACCAUUGGAGAUGCUCACAGGACAACAUGAUUGAGAAAACAGAGAUAAGAACUUACUACUGAUUCGUCUAUG